GGUGUUCCCAGCGUAGAAGUACAGGUGUUGUGUGCGUGUAGCAGACAGCGAGCCAGACUCAACGACGAUGCGGCUCUGCGGCGGCUGGCAGGGGGUUUGAUGGGAAAAACAAGCAACGGACCGUGGCUGACGAUCUGGUGCUGUGAUACAAAGUCUGCAAGGGAAAUCUGUCGGGAAGGGUGGAAACUUUCCUCUGCGCUUGCUGUCGGUGCUCCCCUGAAAUGUGCGGUGCUUUUUCCAGAAGAUGGGCUGCUGAUUCUGGUCACUGGUGCUGCUGCUGACGCUAGGAUCGACAACACCGCAUGGGGGCACCCCGUCUUGGCUCUGCACUGGGUCCAGAAACGGGAAGCAAAUCUGAAUCUGAACCUCCUCCCUCUCUCGCUGCCUCCCUCCUCUCCCUCACGCUCAGCUUUCUCCCGCACUGCCAAUCUCUCCGUGCCGCUCGCUGCUUCUCCCAGGGAAGAAUAGCUCCCUCCUGCUUACGUCAGCGCUUUCUGCCCGGGGUUCUUUUUGGUUGAUUUUCGCAUUUUUGGCGCUUUUUGCCGCGAUUAGUGACACGUUUCCACAAAAUGGCAGACGGCCAGCGGCCGAUCGGCGGACCGGGGCUGGAACGCAGGGCUUCCGCCCGUGCUGGCAACAUGAACGAACACCAUGGUGAAGAGGAGGAGGCGAAGACGGAGCUAGAAAGGGGCAAGAGGGAGGGGGCAAAGAGAGCAAAGAGGGCUUCAGACAGCACAUAACACACAGUCAUACACGAUGAACG